AUGAGCGCCCCCUGGAUACAUCUGUGCGGCGGCGACCGGCCCCUGCGCGAUAAAACGCGGCUGUACAUGGACCGUGUACGGCUAUGGGGCUCAAAGGGGAAUUCACGGGACUUGCAAGAGAUCAAUGCAGGCAUCCCUGCACUAUGUGCAUCGCUAGCAAACGAAGCCCUUGGGCGUGCCAUUGUGAGUGAAAGAGACAUGCGGCGUGCAUCGGGCUUGUCACCCGCAAAGUAUAAUCAAGCGAGAGCUCUUUUGCGCAGUGUCGUCGAAGUAUCGCCUGUGCGGCAGACAAGAUCGCAAGGGCGAGCGUCGGCCAAGCCAUCCUCGCCUUCGCCCACCAAACCACGGCUUGAUCGUGCAUCGCUGCUGGAGCGUGCAAAGGCUGUACAGAGCGGCGAGCUUUUUCAGAGUUCGCCGCCGGUUCAGCACGCGGUAGUUGAAGCCGAACCGCAAGAAGUUACAGCGCCACGCAAGCUCGAGCCCACGGACCCAGCCGUGAUAAAACGAAAACACACGCAACCCAAAUCGGAGGAAAUGCAAGAGCGCCAUACGCAAGCGGAGCCCGCGCAAGCGUCGGAGGUGGACGACCCCAUCUACAAGCGAAUGCUUUCGCUCGGUGUGCCAAUGCACCGCGAAGGGCUCAAGUUUGAGCUAGAACCGAGCCGUCCGCGGAAGCGCGGACGACCACCUGCGGCCAAAAAAGUAGAGCAACCGCGCAUGAGCGACGUAUUUGGCGCCGUUUGGGACGAGGAGGAGCAAGUGCGGCAGCACACAUCGUGCCUUCCUGCACGCUACUUGACGCUGUCGCUCUCUCGUGCUGAGGAACAGUGGCUUUCCCCGCUACCUUCACCGCUGGUCAUGUCCACAUUGGACCCAGGCGCGCCCAAUGCACGGCCCUCUGCCGUUCUUGCGGGGUGGAAGGAGCAGCUCCGCCUGUAG